AUGGGAAAGGCAAGCAGAUGGAUCAGAAACUUGCUGGUAGGCAAAAAGGAGGACAAAAUCAACAACAAAGAUGGUGGGGAUACAUCUUCACCGAGAACCACGGCUAUUAUACCAGCAACUCCAAGAAGGAGAUGGAGCUUUAGAAGAUCAACAAAUAACACAGAUAAGCAAAACCACCCCUCAAUGCUGGUGAUUUCGUCUCCUAAAGCCCCCAGGAAAACAUUCCAUAGAGUAUCUCAAGUGUUAGCAAUGGCUGCUGCAACAAAAAUACAGUCAGCUUUUCGAUCUUAUCUGGCUCGGAAGGCAUUGUGUGCACUACGUGGACUAGUGAAGCUACAAGCCCUCGUGCGUGGUUACUUGGUACGUAAACAAACGACAACCAUGGUUAGGUGCAUGAGCGCACUGGUUGCCAUUCAGCAUCACAAUGAAAACUCGGGACAAUCCAGAAGCAAUACCAGUACCGGUAUAAGCUACCUACAGUCAUCCAGAAGAUUAUCGAUAGAUUCAUCAGCACUGACUCACAAAAAGUCAAUGGAAUUGCACAAUAAGCCCAUUGAUGAGGUUUCUACAGCAUCACAAACAAGUACACAGCAGGAUGAGCCCAAUUACAUGACCCGGACAGAGUCCUCGAGAGCUAAAGCACGGUCACAGAGUGAACCAAGGCGUCGACCCACCAAACAAAAGCGUGAAAAUAGGCGAACAUCAUCAAAUGAAAAUCUUGGUGUCAUCCGAAAAGGGAUUCAGACCUAUGGCAAUCAUAAGGACCAUGAACAUUGGUUGACCAAACUUCAGGGAUCAUCAAAAUCGAUCAAUAACUUCGACUUUGAUUCAUCUUAUUAUACAACUCUUUAUGCAUACGAAGUUGGCACCUCCGACAUUUUAACAUGA